AUGAAUUGCUCUGAUGAAGAGGAUAUUUACCAGCUGGGCGACAAUGAGACAACCAACCAGCUGAUUGAUCAGCUGAUUAGAGAGUUCAGCAAGGCUCAGCUGAGGUACAGCGAGGUUCGCCAUAUCGUGCUGAUAGCUUGCUACGUACCACUCUUCCUGAUAGCUGCUGCUGCUAACUCUCUUAUAAUCAUCGUCGUCUUCAAGUACCACUAUAUGCGCAGUGUGACCAACUACUUCUUGGUGAACCUGUCAGUAGCAGAUCUUCUGGUGACAUUUAUCUGUAUGCCGAUGGCUGUGGCUCAGUCCGUUACAGGACUUUGGCUCUAUGGGGAGACUAUGUGCAAGCUGACGUCAUACUUACAAGGUGUUAGCGUAGGAGCUAGUGUCUUCACCAUCACCGCUAUGAGCAUAGAUAGAUACUUGGCUAUCCGACAUUCUAUGGCAUUCAGAAAAGUGUUUAACCGCAAGUCUACAAUAUAUAUGAUACUGUUGCUAUGGGCGGUGUCCCUGGCCAUAUUCCUCCCCGUGUUGUGGGUGCGACAGACAGAGCUGGUGGACCUGGGGGAUGAUCCUCGGCUGUCAGCAGCCGUCAGGAAGUACAGUCUCACCUGGUGUAUAGAGGACUGGCCACAUCACUCCAGACACUUCUAUGGGGUGUUCUGCUUCGUGCUGGUGUACCUGACCCCAGGAUGUGUGGUGAUCCUGGCCUACACGCUGAUGGGUCGCAGACUCUGGGUGGUGCGGCCGCCGUUUGACAAGGACGAAGGAAGCGUCAGCAACCAACAGGUGCGGUUAGUAAAGGAAAGAAGAAGGGUGGCACGUAUUCUGCUGCUGCUCGCAAUUCUGUUCGCACUCUGUUGGCUUCCUUAUAACGUCCUGUCCCUUCUGCUAGACCUGGACCUGAUAAUACCUACUGUAGGACUGCAUCAGGAGACGCUUAUGAAGUGGUUCCCCUUCACACUGCUGCUGGGACACGCUAACUCUGCCAUUAACCCUCUCCUGUAUUGCUUCAUGACUCGCAACUUCCGUCGCACAGUCCGCAGUCUCUUCUGCCAGACAGGCAUCUCUAGACCUCGUCCACGACAAAGGAUGAAAGCAUUUGGAAUCGCAGCGCCACGUCGUCCAGUGGAUACGCUUCGCACCACAGCCCUCAUCGGCGCUGCUACGUGCUCAGCCAGCCUCAGCGAACAACAGGCACCCAGCUGCGAACCCUCCACCCGCUGUGACAGGACCUGCCACCGUCUGAGACUUACCUCCCUCAUCGGCGCUGCUACGUGCUCAGCCAGCCUCAGCGAACAACAGGCACCCAGCUGCGAACCCUCCACCCGCUGUGACAGGACCUGCCACCGUCUGAGACUUACCUCCCUCAUCGGCGCUGCUACGUGCUCAGCCAGCCUCAGCGAACAACAGGCACCCAGCUGCGAACGCUGCACCCGCUGUGACAGGACCUGCCACCGUCUGAGACUUACCUGUGAGCGAUACUCUUCCCUACCACAGUCCUCAUCGGCGCUGCUACGUGCUCAGCCAGCCUCAGCGAACAACAGGCACCCAGCUGCGAACCCUCCACCCGCUGUGACAGGACCUGCCACCGUCUGA